AUGAUUGUGUAUGUCUCCACAACUAUGCUAACCCGCACGUUGAGUUGCUAUUGCGAAGGCAGCUGCCCCGAUAACAGUAUCAAUGGUACUUGUGAAACCCGCCCUGGUGGUUCCUGCUUCAGCGCAGUCGAAGAGGUAUACGAUGAAACUACAGGCACAUUCGAAGAGGAUCGAACAUAUGGUUGUAUGCCGCCAGAAGAGAAUGGCGGACUCCUAAUGUGCAAAGUUGCCACCGUACCCCACCUGCAUGGCAAGAAUAUCGUCUGUUGUGAUUCAGCCGAUUUCUGUAAUCGUAACAUCCACCCCGAGUACACACCGAAGAGCACCACCACCCCGCCCGAAUUGCCAGUGAGCUCACAAUCCAUACACUACCUGCUCAUGUUGACCUCCCUAACCGUCUGCCUGACGAUAUUCGUUGUGGUGUUGCUGAUAUUCUGCGUAAUGUAUAGACGCCGCGAGAAGCAAGGCAAACAGCCACGUCUCAUCAGCUCCAUGUGCAACAGUCAAAUUUCACCAUUAUCGCAAUUGGUCGGACAAAGCACCGGUUCGGGUUCAGGCUUGCCGCUAUUGGUGCAACGCACCAUCGCUAAGCAAAUACAAAUAGUGCAAUCCGUUGGCAAAGGACGUUACGGCGAAGUAUUUCUAGCCAAAUGGCGUGAUGAGCGCGUCGCCGUCAAGAUUUUCUUCAUGACCGAGGAGUCGUCGUGGUUCCGUGAAACCGAAAUCUAUCAGACUGUGCUCAUCCGUCACGAAAACAUACUCGGCUUCAUAGCUGCGGACAUCAAACACAUGGGUAGUCACACACAAAUGAUGCUCAUCACCGACUACCACGAGAAUGGCAGCCUCCAUGAUUAUCUCGCCACUUCGGUGAUUACACCGCAAAAGCUGCAAAUCAUGGCCUAUUCGCUCGCUUCGGGCUUGGCACACUUGCACGACGAGAUCGUAGGCACACCCGGCAAACCGGCCAUUGCACAUCGCGACAUCAAGAGCAAUAAUAUACUCGUCAAACGGAAUGGCCAAUGUGCCAUUGCCGAUUUUGGUUUGGCCGUCAAAUACACCUCGGAAAUGGAUGAGAUACAAAUCGCACAAAAUUCACGCGUCAGCACGCCACGCUACAUGGCACCGGAAAUGCUUAAUCAGACAUUGAAUCAACAGCAGUUCGAGGAGUUCAAGCGUGCCGAUAUGUAUUCAGUGGGGCUGGUGUUGUGGGAAUUGUGCCGCCGUUGCUAUACGCAAGUGCCGGGCUCGAAUGCGACCACAUGCGAGGAUUAUGCAUUGCCCUAUCACGAUGUGGUGCCUGCCGAUCCCACAUUCGAAGACAUGUACGAUGUGGUGUGCCUAAAGGGUUUCAGGCCGCCGGUGCCGUCGCGUUGGCAGGACGAUGAUGUGCUGGCGACAAUGUCCAAAAUCAUGCAAGAGUGCUGGCAUCCGAAUCCGACAGUGCGGCUGACGGCACUGCGCGUGAAGAAGACACUCGGACGACUGCAGUAAUGGGGGCGGAGGAAAAAGCGUGAGAGAUAUCGAGAGUGUAAAAGCGCGUAGCAAAAGCGAAAUAUGCCAAGCAAAAAGACGCGGAAGUUGGGCUGCAAAAGGGAGUAGCGCUUGCGAAGCGCACUUGAAAAGCCGCGACGAAACGCGUGACAGUUUAAUUUUUAAGUGAUGAUUUUAGUUUUACGAUUUAGUGCUAAGCGAUAUUUAAGUUGAUCGUAGGUAAACAAAAAACACGGAUUCUUCUUAUUGCUUCAGUUAAGUUCAUAGUAGUAUUAGUGUUUAUAGUAUGUAGCGGUUUAUGUUAAAAACACUUUGUAAAUUUUCCAAUAGCAUUUUAAUUUGUUUUGUUGUACAUUUUUGGGUUUGACUGUAUUUUAAACUGUGUUUCGUUAUUUUUUUUUCUUUUUGUUCUGGUAGAGAUGACGCGUAGUUAAAAAAAAUAUAUAUAUAUAUUAAAAUUUGAGGGAUAAGGCAGCUUUAAUGCACCUAAAAAUACUCUUAAAUCUGAGAGUUAUGGGAAAACGGCGGAAUUAAGGCCCAGUCUUUUGUCUUUCUGAUGUCUUUUGGACGCCCUAUUUUAAUUUGUAUCCAUAUGUUUACAAGUUUUCCUAAAAAUAGCUUCUAUUUUAAAUUCUGGUUUGAAUUUCGAAAGCAAAUUUUGCAUUUAUUGUUAAAGAAAAUUGUUGCCUUAAGAUGGUUGUUAAAGUUGCCUUUCUUCGUUUUACUACAACAAAACGAAAAUGUACUUUAUUUUAACUGAGAAAAUAAGCAUUAACUACGAAACUAAUAAAUAGUUGUUAGUCAAGUCUUUAGACGCAAAAUAAUGUGCCAGAAAUUAACAAAACAAAAAAAAAAGUACUAAAGUUUCAAUAACAAAUAUCUAACCAUGUAGGUAUGUAUGAGCAUGUAAAGAGAAGGAAAAUAUGACAUUUAAAAAUAAUAUAGUGCUUACCAUUUAAGUCGUUUAGAGAAUUUUUUCGCUUAAAAAUCGAAACUAAAUGCCUUAAAAUUUUUUAGUGCGUUGCUUCCAUUGGAAUACGUAACCAAAGCGCUGCCUUAACACAAAAUUCAUGACUAAAAUAAUAUUAAAUGUAAUUAUGGAAAAUAAAAUUAAAAUAAGAUAAAAUAAGAAAUAAUA